AUGUCCAAAACCACCGAUACAACACUGGACAAACUUCAUCUCAAAGAAUGGAAUCCCGACAGUAUUAGUCCCUGGAAACGGGGUGACGAAGAGUCCAUGGACGGGUCCAAGGUCCUCGUAUGUGGGCGCAGUGGCCUUGGUAAGUGCAUGGCGCCCGACACUCUCGUCAAGAUGUGCUCAGGGGUUCUUCAACGGAUUGACAAGGUGGUUGUUGGGGACCUGCUCCUGUGUCCUGACAUCCGCCCACGCCGGGUCCUCAACAAGGUCCGCGGUAUCGAUCAGAUGUACACGAUCCACCAGGCUGACAGUGAUCCAUAUGUGGUUACGGGGGACCACAAGCUCGUGCUCUACAAUGUCAAAACCGAGUCGAUUGUCGUGUGCACAGCGGAAAAGUCCACAACAUCCACCGUUCUCAGCUACCACGACGGCUAUGCCUGUAAAACGUGUUCGGACGGCACUAUUCAGUAUGCCCGUGCACCAGACAGUGGCAUUGGUGGAUAUGUUCGUGUGACUAAGAACAUCUCUGCUGCGGAGCCGUAUGUCGGGGUGGAGGUGUCUAUAGACGGCCUUUACUGCUUCGCCGACGACACGGUGACCCACAACUCGACAAUUUAA